ACCAUUUCGUCCUGUGGCUCCUGAAGAGAUACCCCGAGCAUCAAUCACAACGACAUUUAAGUUCGGAUCGUACUUCUUAAGCCAAUAAGCUGUAGAUAGACCAGACAUACCCGCUUUUUUAAAAAAUUCAUUGUCAGCUUUUAUAGAUGAUCAAUAUUUCAUUUUGUAUUUUGCACAGUCUCUGCGUACCACCAAUGAUGACUACGUCGCUUGAGGCAGGUAGGGCUGAUUUAGAUGGUUCUUGCCAUGGUGCACUAUUAAGCCAGUAUGAAUCGGUGGAAGGGUUAUAUAAGCCUCCAAAGUCUUUCGCCAUAGGGGGGAAUUGGUAAAGAAGAGGCGAGUAACGGUAUCGUCCGAAUGUUCGGUCAUGUAUUUUACUCUGGGUUUCUAGCCUUGGGUCACGUGCCCGAUGUUUAGAAUCACUGGUUUGAACACCCGUACGAUCCAGCAAAAAGUACUCAGCAUACAGCCAGACCGCCUCUAUUCCAGUCCGCAAACAGCAACCAUGUACGAAGACUACGUUGGGAAAGCUGCUAAUAUAACACUAUCCGAUGGAAGAUUUGUGAAAGGAACUAUAGUUGAAGUCCUGGAUGCUGUCGGCUCGAUGAAACUUAGCGAUGUGCGCAUAUUCAAAACACCCAACGACAUUCCUCGCGAACUUGUAUCAUUUGCUAUACCAGGAAACCGAAUACAGGAGAUCAGCGUUGACCAACAAGGCAGUCAGCCUUCCAGCCCAAGCACAGUUGACAAUGUCGAACAGACGCCUAGCAUCGCCUCGCCAAUGGUACCAGAAUCUGGACGGACAGCAACACCUUUAGAUAUACUGCUUGGUAGUCCAAUCAGACCUUCAAGUGAUAUGUCCUCUACACCGAGAUCCCUUUCCAGUCCUAUGUCGCCCAAUAUCGUGUCCGAUAAUGAUAUACCCAAUGUUGUAGAGAACAAGCCUCCAACACCGGUAUCCAAGCCGACCGCCAAAAUACCUUCAUUUGCGGCUGUGAGACCUCAUAGAGCUCGAGAUUUUGUGGAAACGGUAGAGAUAGAGUAUGGUGAUUUAUGGACUGACAGCAGAUCGCCAGCUUCGAACAGAUCUCCUAGUGUCAAGGGGAAAAAGAUCACCAAGCAAGGCGAUGCAUCUCCUAACAGCCAGACUCUGGGUUCCCCAAUUACUAUGAACAGCCCAACGCCGCAGAUUGUUGACCAUCAUCAUAACCACCAUCAGCAAUUGCAAAAACAGCUUCAACAGCAGCAGCAGCAACAACAGCAACAACAGCAUGGGAGUAUCACAGCAGAUACUAUACCAGACAAUCAGCCUGCUAUCAACGGUAAUACUGCAUCGAAGAGACCAGCAAAUCCCAAGGUCGAUCAAAGUGCGACAAACCUUUUACUAGCUAAUCUCAACAUUGCCAACGGUCGGCCAACUCCUGCAUCAUCAGUUCCAAAGACUAAUGUCCCAGAGAAUAGUUUGAAAAAGCUCCCAUCCUUUACUAUUCCAGCUGGCCUUAUACCUCCAAAAGCUAGACGAAAGGAAAGCGCUGAUGCAUCCAUACCUCAGUCUCCGGAGAAAAAAAGAGGAGCGCAAACGAAAGCCACUAUGCCUACAACGCCGCCAGUAGCUGAAGUACCUGUGAUGCAGCCAGCAGAAAAGGCUCCUCCGCAAGCUCCCACCACCACAAUUCGCACUGUAUCGGAAGGGCAGGAGUGCCCAUUGGUACAACCUUCUCUAAUGAAAACUGUACAUGCUAUGUGUGAUUCCGAAAGUGGUCCCAAUAAUAUUAUGAUUAUGGAAAGUGCCGGUGUCAGCGCGGCUAUGAUGGCACUCAAAGCAAUUGGCGGACAGCGACGAAUACAACCAAAUAAUCACAACGCCGCACCUCUUGUGGUGGUUUUGGCGGGAAAUAAUAAUUAUACAGGUGCAUAUGGUCUUGCCGCAGCUCGUCACCUUCUCAAUAGGGGAUGCCAAGUCGUUGUCUGCAUAGCAGCCAGCAACAAUGCCUCCAUAGCUCAACGUAUUGCCAGUCAAGAAUAUAUCAUCCAGCUUGCUGGUGGUCGUAUCGUCAAACGUGUCGAAGACCUUCCACAACAACUGACCACGCCUGUGGAUAUUAUCAUUGAUGCCUUGUUGGGCAGCCAGACCACAUUUGCCGAUCUCAAAUCAGACUACGAAAGCUUUCAAAUUGUUAUAGCCGCCAUGGAUUGGGCAAAUAGCAACAAAGCUCCAGUGUUGAGUAUAGAUUUUCCAAGUGGAGUAGAUCCCAUUGAAGGUAUGUGUCCGUUUCGUAUAGGGGAAAUAACCUGCCUUUUUAUUCAUCGCAGAUCGAUCUAUAGGAACACCUUAUCAUGUUAACCAUCGCAUAAAACCUAAAUGGACGUUGUGCUACGGUGCGCCUGCAUCUGGAUGCGCGUCUAGGAAUAUCACCGGUGAGCUAUUUGUAGCUGAUAUUGGUAUUCCAGCUACGACUUGGAAGAAGGCGAACGUUCAUCCCAUCGUUCCCUUUGGCCAAGAUAUCAUCAUUGCAUUAGAAUAUAGUCACGUGUAACGGAGGGAUGGGAUUCGAAGAAAGAAAAAAAGCCUCGAUCAAGCCAUUGUUUUUUGUACUCUCUGUCGCUAAAAUAUUUUUUCGCAAUAAAAACUCCAUUAAUUGAAGAAAUCUGGGA